UAUCGCUAAUACCAUUCGUCGUCUGUUGCUUUCUGAAUUUUUGAGUUAAUGUUAGUAUUGAUCAAUAAUAAAGUAUUGUUUAUGGAUAUCAGCUCUGAUUGAAGUCAUCGUAAGUGGUUUGGAAAAAUAUCAUCAUCUUGUGAUGUGAUAGCGAAUAAAGGCCAUAUCGGAUCUACUAUCUUUCUCCACUGGUAAAGAAGACUUUCCAAGCAGUCACAUUCAUACACACGCAAAAUCGUGCGCCGCCACAUCAUUCGUCCUUGAUAAAAAUAUAAUAGAAGCUGAAAAGAAAGAUGCUCAAGUUCCAGUGGUACAAUUGAAAAAAACUGACUUCAGUUGAUUGCAAGACGCACACUUUGAACCCAAAAAUGAGUAUUGUUUUAAUAGUGACCUCUUGACAAAGCAAGAGACAUAAAAAAUCAGCUCACUAUGGCAAUAAUAUCACUUUCUUAUCAUGGCUGCAUGCUGUUGAUGGCCUUUGCAUGUAUAGUCCAGGGAACUAUGGAAAUGUUUGAUGAUGGGCGGAUAGAAUACAUGAGCAGAGAAGAAAGACAGUUACUUAAACAAGAAGCGAAGGAAAUGUUCUAUCAUGCCUAUAAUGCUUAUAUGGAUAAUGCAUAUCCUGCUGAUGAAUUGAUGCCAUUAAGUUGUAAAGGAAGAUAUAGAGGGUCAGAGCAAGAUCGAGGAGACAUAGAUUCUGUUCUUGGAAACUUUUCCUUGACAUUAGUUGAUACUCUUGAUACUCUUGUGGUAAUGAAUGAUUUAGCAGAAUUUGAAAAAGCUGUGAAGCUUGUUAUUAAGGGUGUUACAUUUGAUACAGAUGUUAUAGUUUCAUUGUUUGAAACAAAUAUACGAAUAUUAGGUGGUCUUUUGAGUGGUCACGUUUUAGCAGAUUAUGUAAAGCAAAGAGAAAAUGCUAUACCUUGGUAUAAAGGUGAACUGUUGAAUUUAGCCAAAGAUUUGGGAUACAGAUUCUUACCUGCAUUUAACACAACUACUGGAAUACCUUUUGGAAGAAUAAAUUUGAAGUCUGGUAUGAAAGGAGUACCUUCAGAAAUGAUGAGAGAAACUUGUACAGCAUGCGCUGGUAGUAUGAUUUUAGAAAUGGCUGCAUUAUCAAGAUUGACUGGAGAGACAGUAUUUGAAGAAAAGGCUCAGAAAGCUAUGGACGUUCUAUGGAAAUUAAGGCAUCGAGGAACUGACCUGAUGGGUUCUGUACUGAAUGUUAAUUCUGGAGACUGGGUUCGUAGAGAUUCUGGUGUUGGAGCUGGAAUUGAUUCUUAUUAUGAAUAUUGUUUAAAAGCUUACAUUCUCCUUGGUGAUGAAAAAUACUUAGGUCGUUUUAAUAAACACUAUUCUGCUAUAAUGAAAUACAUUAGUCAAGGACCAAUGUUAUUAGAUGUUCAUAUGCACAGGCCAAAUACAAAUUCAAAAAAUUUUAUGGAUGCAUUAUUAGCUUUCUGGCCGGGUUUGCAGGUUUUAAAAGGUGACAUUAAACCAGCAGUAGAAACACAUGAAAUGUUGUAUCAAGUUAUGCAAAGGCAUAAUUUUAUUCCAGAAGCAUUUACCACUGACUUUCAAGUUCAUUGGGGUCACCAUCCUUUGAGACCAGAGUUCUUAGAAUCUACAUACUUCCUGUACAAAGCAACGGGUGAUCAUUACUACUUAGGUGUCGGUCGCAAGGUUCUCAAAAGCCUUCAAACAUAUGCUAGAGUGACCUGUGGAUUUGCUGCCGUUUCCGACGUGAGAACAAAUAAACACGAUGACACUAUGGACAGUUUUGUACUCUCGGAAACCUUUAAGUAUUUGUACCUCCUAUUCGCCGAUCCUAAUGAUUUGAUACUCAAUUUGGAUGAAUAUGUAUUCACUACUGAAGGUCAUCUUUUGCCUCUUUCUUUGGCUUCAGUAAGAUUUAAUGCUACAAAGGAUAUUGAACGAGAAAAAGUCCACGUAGAAGAAACAGACCGCACCUGUCCAAACAGUGUACAUUUAUUCCCAGCUUCAGUACGCCAACCUUUGCGUAACAUGGUAGAAGAUGUUUGUCCAAAACGACUAGCAAAGAAAAGACUGAGUGCCUCACAAUUCAUACCGUCCAACCUUGAGCACUGGAAACUCCUUAGCGAUAUGGGAAUUACCAUUCUUACCCUCAGUGACGGCAGCAUUCAACUGUUACACACUUUUUCGAAUGCCAAAUCACCUCAAGAUGCCGAGGAGGGUUUACUGUUCAUGCAAGAGAUGGUUGAAUUGAGCAAGUCACAGUCACAUCAACAAGAAACACAACCAGUGCAACUUACUUUUAUUAAACCAAACACACAGCAAAAAGUUACUUUAUUAGCUGGACCUGCACAAUUCGGAUGGGAUUUAAGAAACAAAAAGAUCGCUGGAAGAGUUCUAUUUGCUAUUCCAACUUUUGGAUGCGAGGAAUUACGAAAUUCCGAGAUUUACAAAGGAAUGAUUGUUAUUGUUGAUAGAGGCAACUGUAUGUUUAUAGAUAAGGCUAGAAUUUUACAAAAGGCAGGAGCUAUAGCGGGAAUAGUAUUUGACAAUACACCGUCAUCCAGUGUUCACAAUUCACCAAUGUUUGCCAUGUCAGGUGAUGGAAAACACGUUGACGACGUGACUAUUCCUUUUAUAUUUCUCUUCAAAGCGGAAGCUAAACAAUUACUUCAAGCUCUUGUUGACUCUCGAGGCAAUUUAUAUGUGACCAUAGGAGGCUCUCUGCCCAAAGACGAAGUUCAAUUGAAAGCUCCGACAGAUCAGUCAAUGUUUGAGAAAUUGAAGGGCACGUUAAAAGAUAUAUUAAGCAGACAAUUAGCAUCGCAGAAUUCACCAUCAACUGCAACAUUGAAUCAAGCUGUUGAAAGUGUAACGUCUGACCAAGAGCAAUUACUUUACGCUUAUCUUCAAGCAGACAUAGAAAAAACGUCAGAAAAGUUGGUUCGAAUAAGCACCAAUAUACAAAGAAACUUUGACUUAAAUAAACUAUUUAACAGUGUACCUGUUGACGUAACAAAUUGGUUACUGAUGAGAAAGCUUUUGGUAAAUGAACUCUUUGGUACCAUGUUACGAAAUCAAGGAUUUGUAAUACACACCGAGGGAAUCGAGAAAGCUUACUUGUUGGUCAUGAGAGACAGAGGCAUAGACGAGGAGACGCUUAGUAAGGCUAAUAUAUCAGAAAAAAUUGUCUGGUUCAUGAAAGAAUUGAGCGAAGUACCGCCUGAUCUAACAAUCGUUGCUUUGUAUGCUCAAUUUCGUUACGAAAUCAACAAGCAACAUUUGCUAUCUUAUUUAUUUAGAGAUGCUGCAUAUAAUAUCAAACAGUUUCCCGAUUUAGAUUCAGUCAUGAAGUCUGAAGGUUUUAGCGAGUCGUACGUAACGGAACUCAUGAUUGAAAAGUUUGGCGAUAUACUUAAUAGUGCACAGUCGCAGGAGUUUCAGAAAUUUAUGAAAAAGUAUAUGCCUAUUGUUAUUCGUUACAUCAUUGAUUUAAGCUUAAACGUUACAUCCAAAGGCAAUUCGGAAAUCGACAUUUUUUCUAUAUACGACUACAUAAAUAACGAAACGGAUCUGUCGAUUGUCAAAAGUGUCUUUGUCAAUUCUAAGUCGACGACAAACACAAAGAAAACGGCUGAGAUUUCGAAGACGAAGAAAGGUGUCGUACGCAUUGAAUUACCUACCGAGAUAAAUGUCGAAAAUGAAAGUAGCUCUGUUAAACAAAAAGCACAGAGAGGAGAUAUCGAAGUUGAUGAUCGCGUACAAUCAAGUAUAAUCAAGAGAAUGGAUGGUAACAAAAUAAAAAAUGUAAACGAACAAAUAUCAUUGAAAGACAAGAGCGAAAAAGCAGUUGAAAAAUCAGUGCCUAUUGUUCCAGUUAAAGACUCUGAAAGUUCUAGUGAUAAGAACAGUAAUGAAGUUCCGUUGACGAUGGAAAAUUACGAGCAGUCAACCGUCGGUAGUAAACGAAAAAGAAAACAUGCUCACGAUGAUUUAUAAUAACAGAUUGUUUCACUGUUGAUGUAAUCAACUGCUUUAUAAAACUUCAGUAAAUCAAAGAUCAUUUUUCCUGUCUACAGUCGAUGAUAAUUCGUUCGACAUUGUCACAGAUAUGUUCUAGAUGCAUAUAUGUUUUUACGUACUGUAAAAAAAGUGAGAUAUAAAUGUUCAUAGAAAUCACUACACAGUGAUUUCUUAAGCAUAUUGUAAUACCUUCGUAUAAAGUUUGAUCGCUCUUCGAAAAUAAAUUAAAAAAAAACAUGUGUUUAACUGAAGCCAAAGUUUGCUUUAUAAAAUUUUUAAUUAAUACAAUGUUGAUAUUUGAAGUAUGUAUAAUCGUCUAAUUAUUAAAUCACUGUACAGAUUAAUGUCAUAGGACAUAAGAAUAUAAAAAUAUCUGUAAAUUAACGAUUUUCACAUUCUACAAAACAUUACUACUAGAAUGUACAUACUUGUGGUAAUUAUAAUUUCAUAAAUUUUUGUACAGUUAUUUUUUUAUUUUUCCUGAAAACAUUUUAUUACCAACUACGAUGUUGUAUUUUAAAAACAAAACUGCAGUUUUACACUACGUAAACUUUUUAAAUAUAUAUAGAGAAAUAAAAAAAUAAGACAUUGUACAUAAAUAUAUAAACGUAAAUUGUGAAGACUAUUCACAUUUGCCAAAAAAUUGUUAAUGUAUCUAUAACUCAUCGAAUAAUUGCUUUAUCGUAUAAUUGACUGUACAUACCACAUAAAUGUCUAUUUCAAUUGUAAAGUAAUUAUUAAUAUAUUGUACGACAUUUUGGUAUGAAAACAGAAAAAAGCUGUGAAAU